GUGGCCUCGGGCACUGCUUCAGUAUGCCUCCGUCAAUACAUCAGCGGAGCGUUUUCCAGCUCACUGUCAAAGCACUAUGUCCCGUCGAAAAUGCUACAUUUUCUUACUACUAAUUUGGAAACCUCAGCGAUAGAAAAGAAAAUAUGGACUCGCCCACUGAGCAUCUUCUAUUAAAGCCGGAAGCGAAGGUGAACAUUUCGUGUCCGGUCCGGACUCGCCCGCCCGGACGACGUCUGUUUGGCGUCCGCUGCCACCUCCACCGCUUCUACGCGGACAACCCAGGCGGACACCGACGUCGUUCCUCGUCCUACCGCAACUCAUCCAGGCGCACGUCACGGAUCGCGUGGACGGCGUCCAUCUGGACAGGGUCCUCGCUUCUUGCCCUUGGAGCCGUCUUGCUGGUCCUGGGCUACGCGGCGCCUCGCACCUUCAUCCGCCGUCCCACCCCGUGGCGCCUAGCGGGACUAGUCGCCUUCUGCAGUGGGGGCUGUCUGCUAGCGGCCGCCCUCAUGCUCGCCGCCCUGUGCCCACGGUGGAACGACGAGGACGCCUUCGCGCCGGCGGGAGUUCCUCAAGACGAUGACGAUGACCUCAGGGUUCCGGUCACUGAGAAGAUAACAGCCGUCCAACCGCUACCCUACGGCGGACAGUAGCUUAUGUAUGUUUGUUUCGUUGGGCUACUUUAGUUGCUGCAGAUGUCGUUUUUGCCUCUUUCCGGUGGGCCAGUUCCUGCCGUUUGCUAGGUAUUUGGAAGGCUCUGGACAAGCGCAGCUGUUGGGUAGCGUGCGCAAGGUAAUAAAUACCCUUUUAAAAAGUACGCGACAUCUACAAGCUGUUGCGCCAGUUACCAGAGUCCGCCCAUGGCCUUCAAAAUCCCGAAGCGAUCGAAGGGCUUCGGGAUCUCGGAGGCCAUGGUCCGCCAUUGUUUGGGCUCGUUUUUUGAGCAUGGAUUGGACACGAGGGUUGCGUCAGCGUUCGGCAAGGACUCGGAUCCAAUCACACGCCUCGUGUCCAAGCAAUAGGCGACCGCUUUUGUCACUUGAUGGACUUUCUUAGGAUGGACUUUUGAAAAGGGUCUAUUGCGACGUGCACAAUUGUAUAAUUGUAUAGAUACGACCCGCAGAAGAAGCUCCGCCUCCAGCGCAAACUUUCUGUCUCGGAUAACACAUUGGCCUCUCAUGAGCAAGCACAAAGCACGACGGAAGGCAACGAGCGCGUGCUGGAGGCGGAGCUUUUGCUGUAGAUCUUAUGUUGCAACAGACGUAUUUACGGGUGUGAAGAUGUUGAUUGGCUCUGUUGAAGUUGUUGAGAGCCGGGCAUGCGCACGACCGUCAUCAUUAUGCGCGGUUCGCCUACGCCAGUGGCCUUCGAUCGCUUCCUGCGUCUUCCGGUGGUGCCCUUCGUGCUUUUGCCACUUGUCGCAGUGGAUCGGUAGCAGACGGACACCGAGCAUGCGCAACUAUCGUUUUAUUCGUUGAUUCGUUGUGCAUGCGGUGUUGCCACUGACGCGUAAUCGCACGUGCGUUCUACGCUCAUUUUGCACUUAGGGCGCGCGUGCGCUUUUCUUUUCCCAGGAACCUUUUGUUGGUGCCAUAUUCCACUGUGUCUUUUACUGUGUAUCGAAGCUCUGCACGGGUCCCAAUGCUACACGGCGGUACCAAGCGGGACCGGGACAACGCCUUCUGCUGCGAUUGCUCAGCAGCGCGGCGCUGACCAAUUGCAGCAGACGACGUUGUCCCGGUUCCUUGGUUCCGCUUGGUCCCGCCGUGUAGCAUAGGACACCUGGAGAGGUCACGUCUACCAACUGCCAGCUGUUUCCUCCAUUGUCCGUUAAAGAAUCGUCUCCCACUGGCAGUCAAUUGCUUCUUCUCAUCUUCUGCGUGUAAGAUAUUAUAGUGCAUCUGUUUGGUGAUAUUUUGACUUCAGCUAUGUCCGCUCCUGCUGUCUGACCUCUAGACUGUGCACUGGGCAUGCGUCAGUGAUACAUCGCCUGUGCACCACUGUUGCAGGUGCUUGCCAGUCGUUGCUGUUGAAAAAAAAAAAAAUAUAUGUUGUAGUUUUUUGCAUUUUAGCUCUGCUGGGUGCUUUUUUGGGUGGUUGACUGUGAUUCAAUAUGACGACUGACAUAUAUCCGUUUUCAAGAGAAGUAACAGGCAAAGGAGAAAAAGAAGGAAGAAGAAGAAAACCACACUUGUGUUCGAAAGCAGUCAAUGACUAUUUUUGUAUACCAAACCUUAAUUUCCUUGUCUGCAUGUCUUUGUACGUUUAUUUGUUUGUGUGUGUGUGGGGAGGACAAUAAAUGUGGAA